AUGGGUUUGGGCGCCGCUGCCGCUUCAUUUGGCCACCAAGACUCACGCAGACUCUGUUUCGCAAAUACAUUGAUCAUUUCAUUUCGCCUUCUCUCUUGGUUUUUGGCGCCGACCCAAACCCAAUCUCGCUUUAUAGAACAAAGCUUCUCCCACAACUCACCAACUCAAACGCAAACCAAAGCUCAGUGUUCGAAGAUCGAAAACGGGAAGAAAGAAGCAGAGAUCCAUUUAGUAGGGUAUCGGUUUGAUCCGUCCGAAGAUCAGAUUGUUGUAUUCUAUCUGUUCAACAAGAUUUUGGGCCGGGAACUUCCUAUCAACGACAUUAUAAAAGAGAUUUCUGUUUAUGAACAUGAUCCGGAUGAGCUCCCCAAUGGUGAUUUCAAACAUGGUGUUGACUGCAAUGAGGCCUUUUACUUCGCAUAUACAGAACAGGUUUACAGCAGUAGAGGGAAGAUAACUAGAAGGACGACAAAGAGUGGUUACUGGGACUUAGAUGGUGAGGAAGAAGAGGUUAAAUACGGCAAUGGCGACAUAACUGUCGGGUUCGAAAAAGUUAUGGUCUUCCACAAGGGAACUGCACCAAACGGAAUCGAAACAGACUUUAUCAUGCAUGAGUACAGGGUUAAUCCUCUUAUAGUCCCUACUCAUGUCCUCAAUGAUAGCAUAAGGGCAAAGAUUGAGAGGUAUGUGGUGUGCAGAAUUAUACACGAAGGAGUUUCAAAUUUUCCACCUACAAACUUCCACCAGGAUGGACUGCUAGGCCUGUUGAAGAAGCAGAACCAAAUUGAUAUGACAGAAAUAGCCUAGUGCUUCAUAUAGGGACACCAGUUUUGCCGUGGUCUUUGACAUUGGAAGUUGCAGUUCACAGUUCUUUUUUUCUUUUCUUUUUCUUGGAGAGAUCUCUUCCAGUUCUUUUGUUUGGCCGACUAUACUUGCACCAUAAUUUUCGUUUUUGUUAAAAUGAAUGAAU